AUGCUAUUCCCAUUCAUGAGAGGCAUCGGUGAAGAGAGUAUCAGAAAGGGGGCUCAGUCGACACACUUCCACAAUGUCUCCUCUCUUUCCCGCUCUCUCAUUAAAGUUCGAUUUCUUUUUAUCCAUCCAGUUCGGUCCCUCCUCCUUGCGUUGGAGAUCUCUUAUUUGUUCAAGGUUCAUUUAUCCCUUGAUUUGUCAACAAAGAGUCCAUCCCUUCCUCCUCGCUCUCUUCCUGUACUACCUCCUCAGCACAUCCACAAGCGCAGUGAUCACUACUUCACUCUGGCCACCGGAGCGUAUCAACCCACAUCAAAAUCCGUCGUUCAUUUCUUGGUCUACCUUAUCAUAGCAGCCGUUUCUCAAUCUCAUUGGCAGGACCCAGCCUCUGUCCUAGAUAGUAAUCCUCAGUCCUCAAACAACCCUUUGUCUGACUCUUCACUUUCACCGAUUUCUCAUUGGGCUUUGACUUCCACUCCCACGUGGUGUUCAGUUACCAUCUAUCAACUUCAAAUCAUUCCAACUUCACUGACGAUCUCAAGUGCCUUCGCAUAUCGUGGUCUUCUUGUUGGACGGGCCCAUUCAGAUGCUGCCAAGUUAUCGACCUCCUCAUUUGGCUUGGCGGAACAUGCCGGUACCAUUCCACUCGGGAAAAACCCUUACCUUGACCCUGCUGCGCAAGCAUUUCUCGAGGAGUUUAGAUUCGGAUCGUCCUCUGUCCGAGACGUGAGCGCUGAACUCGAUCAUCGUGUCAAGGUGCUCAAGGCAACCGGAGGGUUCUCUUCUGUCUACGCAACCGAUGGGCCCCACCAGGUGCCCAGACCAUUCGAGUGUGUUACAAAGAAUUAUGGCCACUUUCCAGCACACCUGACUCGUGAAGUCAGGAUAUGGAAGGAACUUUGGCACCCCAAUAUCCUUGAGUUCAUUGGAUAUGCCAUUGCAGGCGAACGGUCGGACAUGAAGGCUAUCUUAGUGUCCAAAUGGUGUGCAAACGGGAAUGUUGUGCAGUAUUUAAGAGCACAUCCAAACUCGAGUAGGACUGACUUGGGUCGCAUCCGGGGUCGAGGUGGUCCGGGCGUAGCAUCCGGUGCUAAGGACCUCACGGGGGGUGGAUCGGGCGUGCGUACUGGCGGGCCCGAUGUGGGACAGCGAUCCCUGGCCACUUAG